GACCGGUCCUCUCUCAGCACGAUGCCAGGCGAGCCCGCGCCCAUUAAGGAGUCCCCCAAUAAGAAGGCGGCCGAGAAGGCGCCAGAGGCCGAGCCCGCUCCGGUGGAGACCCCCGCCGAGGCCGCCGCGGCGGAGGACGGUCCCGCUACGGAUGAAAGUGCUCCAGCAGGAGCUGCUGCUCCCGUCGAGGAGCCGCCCAAGGACCCGACGCCGCCGCCUCCCGCAGUUCCCACCAGCGCUCCGCUGGAAGUAUCCGUGGAAGACGUGAACGAUGCGAGCCUCACCGUCAAGUGGAAGACGCCAGAGACCGUCGGAGAAUCUGGCUCGGAUGGGUACACCGUCGAGUACUGCAAAGAUGGAACUACGGACUGGGUGGCGCCAAACGGGGAGCUGACCCCGGCUAACCGCUACCGCAUCAAGGAUCUGACCCGGGGCGACCUUCUGCUUGUGCGCGUGGUGGCCGUAAACUCCGCCGGCCGCUGUCAGCCGGGCACGCUCGCCCGGGCCGUGCCAAUCCGCGAGGUGGCCGACCGUCCGAAGAUCAAAAUUCCUCGCAACCUACGCACGCGCUUUGUCAAGCGAGUCGGCGAGCAAAUCAACCUGGUCAUCCCGUUCCUCGGCAAGCCCAAACCGUUGGUGUCCUGGCUGAAGGACGGCCAGCCUUUGGACCCAAAGAGGGUCAACAUCAGGAAUAGUGACAAAGACAGCAUCCUGUUCAUCCGCGGCGCUCAGAGGGAGGACUCGGGUGUUUAUGAGUUGACUGUUAAGGUGGACUGCUUUGAAGACAAAGCCACCAUCACCCUUCAAAUCGUCGAGCUGCCGGGUCCUCCUUGCGGUGCAAAACUGGUGGACUGCUGGGGCUUCAACGCCGCGCUGGAGUGGACGCCGCCCGAGGACAACGGCAACACGGAGAUCACCGGCUACAUUGUCCAGAAGGCCGACAAGAAGACCGGGGAAUGGUUCACCGUGCUGGAACACUACCACAGGCUCAGCGCCACCAUCUCGGACCUCAUCAUGGGAAACUCGUACGCCUUCCGAGUGUUUUCUGUCAACAACGUGGGCGUCAGUGAGAAAAGCGCCGUCACCAAGGGUGUGGCCACAAUCCAGAAGACGGGCAUCAUCUACAAGCCGCCCGAGUACCAGGAGCACGACUUCAGCGAGGCGCCCAAAUUCACCACGCCGCUCAGCAACCGGGCCGCUACCGUCGGCUACACCACCAAGCUGCUGUGCUCCGUUCGCGGAAGUCCCAAGCCAAAGAUCGAAUGGCUGAAGAACCAGAUGGUCAUCGGUGACGACCCCAAGUUUCGUCAGCUCUCCAACCAGGGCAUUUGCUCCCUGGAGAUCCGCAAGCCGUGCUGCUUCGACGGCGGCGUGUACACGUGCAGAGCCAAGAACGCGCAAGGGGAGGCCACCGUCUCCUGCAAACUGGAGGUCAAACAGGUCCUUCUUUCCGAGACUGAAAAGAGCAAAUAAAGCGACAUUUCAACCUUCAGAGGGCGCUGAGCAAGGACAGAGUUGCAGCAUUUUGUACAUAAUGAAGAGUCAGCCUCCAACAAGCUCGCACACCAUCACAGUCCCACCUUUGCUACAUGUUGAAGGUUCACCCAAGUUGGCCUCGUGUCAGGCCGAACGAUUCUUCUGCCAUUUGUAGUUUGUUCUAUAUUGUAGUUUACCACUCAGUAAAAUGCAUUUGAUUUUGCAAAGGCGGUAGGAUGCAAAAUAAACACUGUAUUUUCUGA